AGUGUACUAGGUACCUGGUAGUGGGUGUCUGUCGCAUGUAACUUUCCCAAACGCGCCCACACAGACACAGACACAGACACACCUCGCCAUCCAUUCUUUUAAACCCGAUAUUCCAGUCGGACUCCCUCCGUAUGUGAUGGACGACAUUACCGAGCUCAUAGACCGGCUCUCGAACGAUGAGGAUGCCGUCAAGAAAAUGGCAGUCUUCAAGCUGCAGACGAAUAUCGGCGACCCCUCGUUUGCCGAGAUCUUCAUUGCCCAGGGCGGCCUCGGGAAGCUGCGACAUCUGGCUCUGUACUCGAGCGGGAACACCCUGGCGUACGCGCUCACCUCCUUCUCGCGUCUCCUCGAGCUCGACAAAGGCUGGGAUUAUGUUACGCCGGAUCUGAUCUCGCGGGUGGUGGAGCUCAUCGUCACGCACCCGCUCGUCAAUAUCCUUCGAGGCGCCAUGUCGAUCCUCGUUGCGAUCGUAUCGCACCCGCACACGUCGAACCAGAGCCACGGCUCCUACAAUGGACCGUUCGGGUUCCGCGCGUUGAAACCGGCCAUUACGACGCACUCGCAGUUCCUCGAGAUGUUGGUGAGCAGACUGUCGUCUGCCGACCACGCGCUGUGUGCGAACUCGCUGCAGCUCAUCAAUUCGCUGAUGAGGGAUGCCAUUACGAAUGACACCGAUGCUGAGUGGCCGAGGUUUAUCAAGCGCUUGCAGGAUCUGGGCGUCAUCAAGGCGGUGUUCGUGCUCAUGCAGAGUUCGGCGCUGCAGGAUCUCGCGCACCCUCUGCUGGAGUUCCAGGCUCUGACGAAAGUCCUGUUGAAGCGGUGGAGGGAUGUGAAGGUGGAUCUGGAAAUUAAGGAACACCGGAUAGCACUCAAGGGACUCCACCUUGCCAGUGCUCCGGAAACUAAAUCGGACGGAGGAAGUAGUACUGGCUCGAAGAGGCGUGUGCACAAUCCCGAAAAGUGGCGGAGGUUGGGCUUCGAGACGGAAUCGCCGGCGUGGGAGUUUGGGGAGGCCGGAUUUCUUGGAAUGAUGGACCUGACGGAUUUUGUCCGGAAGGAUGAGGACGGGUUUAGGAAGGUCAUCAUGGAGCAAAAUGCAAAGCCCCAGGCGCAGAGAUGUCCGGUUGCCCGGGCGAGUCUAACGGUCACGGCUCUCCUGUACCACCAGUUCGAAGUCGACAAGUCGGAUAUCGACGACCCGAAGACGUUCCAGGUCCUCGAAUCCCGCACCAACUACGAUCGUGCCUUCCGCCCCCUCCUACUGCAAUGGUCCCGGCUGCAUACCGCUGCACUUUCGUCGUUUCUCAGACUCUGGCAAGAAACACAGGCUGAGGCGGAUGACUUUGAUAAAGUUGCCGAACUGGUUCGAGUGUUGAUCUACCACGUUAUAGGGCAUGCGCACAGGACCAAAGAUGUACAGGACGUCGAGGACGAGAUAUUGGAGAUGGAAUGCGCACGUUUGAGAGACCUCCAAAUGGAGAUUUUGGAGCAGACGUACGAGAAUGCCUGGGGGAAUCACCUCACGCAUGUAAGAGAAGAAUUGAAGGCCGAGGCGAUGCAGUUCGUCAAGGAACAGCGGAUAAGAUGUCUCCUUCAGGGCUCAUGGUUCCCUGUAACGGCACCCCAAAGAAACGGCGAGUCAAAGACAGACAUACAUUCGGUACCCUGGCGAUAUGUCCGUCUGUCCCACAACCGGCGAUACCUCCAUUACUGCGACUACGAACGCGAAACCGCAUACGAACCCAAGCUCGAGGAGCUUCCUCAAAAGAUCGACCUCUCCACUGUUUCUAGCGUAGUGUCUAAUGUCGUCCCCGCCUCGAUCUCCUCCGCCUCCUCCUCCUCGGGGACUCUCACACCAACCCUCAGCGGCGGCCGUCUGGCCUCCACUAAAAUCACCAUCCACGGGUAUCCACCUACCAACACCAACAACAGUAACAGCAACUCGAACAAAUCCAACGCCAACAAAGAAGUGGUCCUGCUAGCUCUGCACCCACAGACGCACUCUUCGGCAUCAGAGUGGCUAGACGGCCUACUGAUGCUGCUGAACCAACAACCCAUCACGUCGGAAACCUCGAAGCUCGUGAACAUGGUCACGAACUAUGGCCUCAAGAUCCGUCUGCUGAAUGUGCGCUAUACCGACGACUACCAUAACUCUCCGCCGGAGUUACCGAGUAGAGGAAGCGUCGAUGAGGAUUAUUACUAUAACCUGUUUGUUUGAAUUGUACGGUUGCCCUGGAGGGUUGUGGGUGGGUGCGCGACUGAACACGGCCCCCGAAGUCUCGGCUCUCGAGCAUUACUUCUUGUAACUUUAGUCUCUUUCUUUCUUUCGAUUCCUUUUCCUUUUCCUUCUUUUAUGUGAGAGAGAUACCACAAUGCGAUUCGAAUCGGUUGGCUAGUCUGGUCUGGUUGGGGCUGGUCUUUGGUGGGGAACGUGUGUCGAGGGAAACAGUGUAGAAGUACAAACAUCUUUUUCUUUCUUUUCUUCUUUUUUCUUCUUUCUGAUGAAGCAUGUGCAUCGUAACUUUGGGAUCCACAUAUAAUGAACAGUGCGGUGA